UUCUAAUCUUAUAGGCUUAUCAAAUAAAUCUUUGUCUGUGUGUCUAUAGAAACAGAAAGAGCAUUUACUUUUACUCCUAUUGAUAAGCACCUAAUAAAUCAACCACACACACAUUCAAAUUAACUCAGCUGACGGCAAAGCUUGAUGUUGGCCAGGUGCUAAAGCUGAGCCGAUUUUGCGACAAAACCCUAACUUGUGUGGGUACCACGACCAUUAUAAACAUUUAAGCUGAGACAACCAAGCUAUAAAUUAUGCAACGGAUUGCUGUAAUCGGUGGCACCGGCAUGACCGGUCAAUGUGUGGUAGAGUAUGCAUUGGAAAAGGGUCUCCAAGUUCGUUUGUUAUAUCGCACUGAAGCGACCGUGCCCGAGCAUUUCAAAUCCAAAGUUCAGCUUGUGCAGGGCGAUGUGACCAACUUGGAAGACUGCAAGCGCGUCAUUGAAGGAGUUGAUGGGGUUUGUGUCAUAUUAGGCACACGCAACAAACUGGAAGCCACCACUGAACUAUCGCGUGGCACUGAAAACAUCAUCCAAGCUAUGAAGGCGGCCACGAUCAGCAAAUUUUCAAUCGUAAUGUCCUCGUUCCUCCUACGUUCUCUAAACGAAGUGCCCCCCGUUUUUCAUCGUUUAAACGAGGAGCACAAACGUAUGUUGGAUUUAACAAAAGCUUCAGGCUUGGAUUUCAUUGCUGUGCUACCGCCUCAUAUCGCUGAUGAGCCAGCAACUGCCUAUGUGAUUAAACACGAUGUGGCACCAGGGCCCAUGAUUUCCAAAUAUGAUUUGGCUAAAUUUAUUGUGGACAGCUUAUCCCAGCCUGAGCACUACGGCAAGGUUUGCGGCAUUGCCAAAACCAAAUAAGCCCAAUUUAUUAUUAUUAUUUAAAAAAGGCAGCUGUCGCGCAUACAAAUGCGCGUUAAAUUCAAGUAUAUUUAUUUAUAUUGAAGUCCGUUAAAGUAUGAAUUCUUAUAAAACGGAAGACAUACGUAUGUACUAUUAUAGACGUACAUUCAAAUGUAUAAUUAAGAAUACAAAAACUGCACUCGCACAAUAAAAUUUUCCAUUUUAAUACGAAA